AAUGCUAUUUCUUCAGGUAGUCUAUGCUGAAAUGAAGCAAAGGAUCAUGGUCUAUGUAGUUCCCUCUGUUUUUUUUUCACAUAAUUCUUAAUUUAAACAAAGAGACUUGUAAUUCGACAUAUUAUGAUGGUCCACGAUUGUGAUAACUUUGACGAUACGAUAUCACGAUAUUUCGGUUAUUAUUACAUCUUUAGUUUCUACUAUUAUUACAUCGCUACUACUGAUCAUCCAUCAUAAUAUAAUGUUUGUAAUUGCAUUUUUUCAGUGAUGAGCCAACUUUAGUUUCAAUAUCAUUCUUGGCAGUAACAGUACCUGAACCAAACCCCAGCCCGAGUGCGCGCUCUGCUGCAGCGGACAUCCCUGCGCUCUCGUCCCGCCCACGUUCAGUCUAUGGCCCCGCCUCCGGCUUUGAAACGUCGCCAGCGCCAAACUCUGGUUCUGGUGCAGGGACGGUGUCGGUAAAAUGACCCCCGGUACCGAGGAGCACAUAUGGAGGAGAGUUGGGUCAGUCAGCGGAGUGAUCCCCCGGUCCAGACACGGUCAUCGAGCUGCAGCCAUCCGGGAGCUGAUCAUUGUUUUCGGCGGAGGAAACGAGGGGAUAGCGGAGGACCUCCAUGUAUACAACACUGUGUCAAGACAGUGGUUCCUCCCAGCUGUGAGAGGUGACAUCCCUCCUGGUUGCGCUGCUCAUGGCUUUGUUUGCGAUGGAGCUCGAAUUCUCGUAUUUGGAGGAAUGGUUGAAUUUGGAAAGUACUCCAGCAGCCUAUAUGAACUACAGGCAAGUCGCUGGUUAUGGAAGAAGCUGAAGCCUAGAGCACCAAAGAUUGGCUCUCCCCCUUGCGCACGCAUUGGUCACAGCUUUACUCUUACAGGAAACAAAUGUUAUCUUUUUGGAGGAUUGGCAAAUGACAGUGAGGAUCCCAAUGGCAACAUACCACGAUACUUGGGAGACUUGUUUGAGCUGGAGUUACAGUCAGUAUCGGGGGCGAGAGGUUGGAGCAUCCCAGAGACCAAAGGUGGAGGUCCUUCACCCAGAGAGUCGCACACAGCGGUGGUUUACACUGGGCUGGGCUCACCAAAACUCUACGUGUUUGGAGGCAUGCAAGGCUCGCGGUUAGACGACCUUUGGCAGCUAGACCUUGAUACAAUGGAGUGGUCAAUGCCUGAAACUAGAGGCUGCAGACCAUUUCCUAGAAGCUUGCACACGGCAAACGUCAUCGGAAAUAAGAUGUAUGUGUUUGGAGGCUGGGUGCCAAUACCAGAGACUGAGAGAGAAAAAGCUAUUGGAACAGAGUGGAUUUGCACUAAUUCUUUGAGUGUCCUUAAUUUGGACACAUUGAGCUGGCAGGAUCUGGGCCCGGAGCAACCGGAGGACGUGGAGUCUCAAAUGGAGAGUCAGGGCCCUCAGGUGGAAGACCCCUACGCCGUCCGCCCCCGAGCCCGAGCGGGGCACUGUGCUGUGGCGGUGGGCUCCCGUCUGUACGUAUGGAGCGGGAGGGACGGAUACAGGAAGAGCUGGAGCUAUCAGGUCUGCUGCAAGGACCUGUGGUAUCUGGAGACAGAGCUUCCUUCUACUCCAGAGCCAGUACUGCUCAUCAAGUCCACAGUGAACUUGUUGCAUGUGGCCUGGCGCCCCCUAGCUGCAGCAGAUAGCUACCUCCUCCAGAUUCAGCCUGUGAGUUCGUCCAGCAACGGAGUCGGUCAAAACCAGGAUUCAAAUAAAACACAAGGACCAGACACAAAGGAGGGAGACGCCACUGGUAAAGGUCAGGCUCAAAAAGAAGAUACUACCAAUAAAGUGGAGAACAUAUGCACAAAGGAAAAAGAAGAGCAGGAUGGCACAGGCUCAAAUACUAAACACAGCACUGAAAAGGAAACAUCUGCUGCAGGUGACUCAGCUCAGUCCAGAGCUGACAAAAAUGAACAGUCUGAACAGACAGACUCUGGUUCCUGGUUCGAUGUUGGAGUCUUUAAAACACUUUUCUCUGAGGUCAAUCACUUUUAUCUUCCGUCUGAAAACGACCAGAGCACAAACGCUAUCAGCAACCGGACAGUAAGCAUUAAAGAGCCCCUGGUGCAGAGGAAAGCCCCAGGACCUCAGGACUAUCAGGGCCGGGAGAGGGAGGUGCUAGCCCCUGGUCAGACCUACAGGUUCAGAGUGGCUGGGCUCAACUGUUUUGGAACCGGAGACUUUAGUCCGGUCAGUGAGUUCAAGACCUGCCAGCCUGGGUUUCCUGGAGCUCCAUCAGCCGUUAAAAUCACUAAGCUCAAUGACACUGUGCACAUUGCGUGGGAUGCGCCCUCCUCUCCUUCGGGGAAGAUUAUGGAGUAUUCCAUGUACCUGGCGGUGAAGAAGAGCCGGCCGGGGUCUAGCUCAGAGCGCCCAGGGCAGAUGGGAUUUAUCCGAAUCUACAGGGGCACAAAGACGUCCUGCUCCGUCAGCUCAUCCCACCUGGAGAACGCCCACAUUGACUGCUCCCAGACCAACCGCCCCGCUGUUGUGUUCAGGAUCGCAGCCAAAAAUGAACAGGGCUACGGGCCGGCCACACAGAUACGCUGGAUACAAGUUCCCACAAAAAUGCAAAGCUCCUCAUCCAAAGCAGACAGCAAUGCAGCAGACCAAGAUGCAGCAGACAGCUCAGGUUGAAGAUGUUUGGUACUGUAUUUUAGAAAAGACUGAGACUCAGGAAGUGGGCUGAAUGCCACCCUUACUUUGUACAGUAUAAUAGUUUUGUUAAUUUAUUUUUUUAUGUAUUUAAUUGAUCCCUGUACAUGUGUGUUCAUAGGUUUAACCACUUUGAGAAGGUUACUGAGAAUCUUUAUGAUCUUCCUAAUAUUUCUAUGAACUCGGGCCAGUGCCUUAAGCAGCCUUCACACUAUGUUGUUUCUGUCACUGUAUGGAAAAGCACAGAUGCAGAGUUUCUCAUUAAAGGUGAGACUACGGUGCCAACCACAAGCUUAAGAAUACUUCAAUGUUUUAUCUUUUAUUUCUUGUUUUAUUGUAAAUGUUUACAAAACAUCCCUUAUGUAUUAAAUUCAAAACGUGGCAUUACUCCAAUACAUUUUGUGGCACCAUAGUCUCACAAAUUUGGGAGAAACACUAUACAUGGUACAAUGUAAAGUAAUGGACCAUUUUCACUUCAGCCCAAUUAUUUCACAAAGUGUCAUGUAGCAUCCCAUCAUUGUUAUUAUUGUGUGUGUAUCUCAAUGACAAUCACACUUUGGCUGUAACAGUUUAUAAGAGCAAUUUGUGUUUUUUCCCCACUGUUGUUUUAUACAUUUCGUUUUACUUUGUUUAUUUUAUGUUGGUCAUGACUGAAGCCUUUCCAAGUACUAUUAUUGUUUGUAGUUCAAAAUUCAAAAGUAUAUAUGCAGCUCUAUUAUUCCUAGCGCAGCGCAAAGCACUUCUGUUUUGGAAAUUAAAAAUAUAAACUGCA